AUGGGGACGGAGGGCAAGAGCGGGUUCGGAUCCAUGUCCACCGCCGAGGAUGUCACCGAAGGGCUUAACCUCGAAGACUACACCGCCAUCGUGACAGGUGCGACCGCGGGGAUUGGAUUGGAGACAGCGCGGGUGCUCGCCAAGAGAGGCGCCCGGGUGAUCUUUGCGGUCAGGAACGUGAAGUUGGGAGAAACCUUGAAGGCAGAAUUCAUGAAGGAGAGCCCUCAUGCGCGCAUCCUGGUGAUGCACAUGAAUUUGAGCGACUUGGCCUCGGUCCGCGCAUUUGCUGCCAAGUUCAAAGACUCCAGACUUCCCCUCAACAUUCUUGUAAAUAACGGAGGGAUCAGUUCGACUACUGGCCCACAGAGCACUCCUGAUGGGUUGGAGCUAAUGUUUGCUACGAACUUCUUAGGUCACUUCUUGCUGACAGAGCUGCUGCUCGACACGAUGAGAGAAACUGCCAAGGAAAGCGGCAUCCAAGGGCGCAUUGUCAUCGUUUCUGGUCAUCUCCACAACUUUACUCCCAAGGGAGGCAUCGCAUUUGACAAGCUCAUCAACCAAAAUGAGAUAUGGGGAUUCUCUGGAUACGGUCAAUCCAAGUUAGCGGGCAUUUUACACGGCAGAGAGCUUGCGGAACGCCUGACGGCAGAGGGUGCCAACAUCACAGUCAACUCACUGCACCCAGGCGCCGUGCAGACCAAACUUACGCACCUAGAUGGUUUUCUGGGCUUUCUCAUUAGUAAGAUUGCCUUUCAUACCUCAUCUAAACCCACUGUUGACGUUCACGGACCGGGAAGGAAAAAAAUGCCACUUAUGUGCACUGCCGAGGUUUGUUAUGAAGAACAUGGGACAGAUGAGCUACCCAUCUCAUACUCUCGAGCACUCUAUUGUCGGCUGGCUGCUGCCACCCAAGUCUACGUUGCAACCCAUCCCCAAGUGCAUGGCGUCACUGGAAAAUACUUUGCAGACUACAAUGAGUAUGAAUUGCGAGGCCUUGCGAUGGACAAAAAGCUACAGCUCAAGCUAUGGAAAUGGACCGAAGAAUACCUCAAGACCCACUAGGACUAACUCUACUUAUUAACACAACUCUAGUGGGUGCAACGUAAGCACAAAUUUUGUUUUCUGUUUUUUUAAUACUACGUGUGGGCCCAUGGGUUGGAAAUCCUUUUUCCUGAUUUUGUCUCACAAAAGCCUGUGCUCAGUUAACUUUAUAAGUAAUCAUCAAUCUAGUGCUUCUUUGCAGUG